GUUGUUUUUAUAAACAAAGGAGAUCAGAAGACAAACCGCGUCAACACGUCAUCAAACCUGACGGAGACAAAGUUAAUGCUUUAACCGGACGAACCGGAAGUGGUUGUGUUCGCCCACAGCUGAACAUGUCCGCUGACAGCAGCGCGGCGCAGUGUCCGGCUGAUCGCGGCUGUGAAGAUGGAGACCAGCCGCUGGCUUUGUGUGAAGGGGGAUUUAAACCGGUGCCGGGGGUCACCACCAUGAUCAACACGACCCCCUCCUCCUCUUCCUCCUCCUCCAGGUUCCUGCAGGUGGAGCUGGAGCUGAACGCCCACCUCCGGCGGCUGAGCUUCAGCGAGCCGGUCCGGUUCAUCUACAACCCGCUGGAGUACGCCUGGGCCACGCACCGCUGCUACGUGGAGAAGUUCUGCCAGCCCGGGCAGAGGGUCCUGUUCCUGGGCAUGAACCCGGGACCCUUCGGCAUGGCCCAGACUGGGGUCCCCUUCGGUGAAGUGAAGACAGUGGUGGAAUGGCUGAAGAUUGAAGGCGAGGUUGGUCGCCCUCAUGACGAGCAUCCCAAGCGACGGAUCACAGGUCUUGCCUGUACCCAGAGGGAAGUGAGCGGUGCACGUUUCUGGGGCUUAUUCAGGAAGCUGUGCGGUGAACCCGGGCUCUUCUUCCGUCACUGCUUUGUGCACAACCUUUGCCCGCUGAUUUUCAUAAGCGCCAGCGGGAAGAAUCUGACUCCCCCUGAGCUUCCUGCAGCGGAGCGGGAGGCCCUCCUCGCCCUGUGUGACAUAGCACUGUGCCAGGUGGUGGAGGCGCUGGGUGUCUCCAUGGUGAUCGGGGUUGGAAGGGUAGCAGAGCAGCGGGCGCGGCGAGCUCUCUCUGCUGCAGGUGUCAAUGUGCGGGUCGAGGGCAUCAUGCAUCCGUCCCCUAGGAACCCACUAGCUAAUAAAGGCUGGGAGGAUGUUGCAAGAGCCAAACUGGAAGAACUGGGUUUGUUAUCGCUGCUGAACAACACAUAAACUAUCCAGACCCAAGUUCAGGCUCAUAUUUUCCUUGCUGUGAGUGAUGGAACAUUUCAGCUUCACUGAGAAUGGCAGCAACCAGCUCCACUAAGAGCUCAUAGGACACUAAUAACUAAUGCUGUAAACACAUCAGCAAACAUCUCUUCAUCUGUGGGUGGUUUUAUUUAUAGAAGCAAGGAUUGAUCAUGGCACCCGGUUCUUUCCUUUCUACUUUCGACACUAAUGUAACUUUACAGUGCUUUAUAUCAUUUCUACAUACAAGGAAAUACUCAGGUGUCUUUGUUGUAUACGUUUCUGUCAAAUAAGCUUUUGAUUACAUUUGUUAAAACUGUAUUUUAAAGAAUUGUCCCAUACUAAAAAUGAGUAUGUGCUUGUGUUCAAUAUACAAUAUACAUGUCCAAAUAUGUAAUAGCCAGACUGGAUUGGUUUAGAAAAAGCCUUGAUGAAACAACCUCUAAACUCUACAAAAAUACUUGUAAACAUUGUUUAUGUUAAAAUACUGCAGAUAACUUUUUUGUUGUGUCAUUUAUUUUUAUAAAGUAUUUUAUUCUUUCUUACACUUUUUAAAUACUUUGUUUUGUACAUUCCACUCAUCCUUGACCCUCUGA